AACUCUUUAAUUUUCAGGUUUAAAAAAAUACAACCUUUUGCUGAAGGAACACAUUUGCUGGUAUAGUUUCAGAAUGUCAAGUCCUGUGUCCUACUGGAUCUUAAAUUCUGCAAGGAACAGCAUUGCCACAUUACAAGGGGGCAGGCGUUUAUAUUCAAGGUGUGUCUCAAGUAGGAAUAAAUCAAAAAGGACGCUCUUUUCCUGGGCAUCAAACACCCUAAGGAACAAUGCCCCGUGCGGCGACUUUGCUCUGCCGAAAGCCUACAGACACACGUGGACAGAGGAGGACGAUCUCCACCUGCAGCUCAGCCCUGAGCAAGUAAACGAAGUGUUGCGAGCUGGUGAGUCGGCCCACAAGAUUCUUGACCCGGUCAGUGGAGCCCCAAGUUCAGUGUUGCGGUUUGAGAGCAACCAGCUGGCUGCCAAUUCCCCCGUGGAGGACCGGCGAGGCGUGGCCUCCUGCCUGCAGACCAAUGGGCUGAUGUUCGGUGUCUUUGACGGACAUGGUGGCCAUGCAUGUGCUCAAGCAGUAAGUGAGAGGCUCUUCUACUACGUGGCAGUGUCACUGAUGUCUCAGCAGACCUUGGAGCAGAUGGAGGAAGCGAUGGAAAGCAUGAAGCCCAUGCUGCCCAUCCUGCAGUGGCUCAAGCACCCAGGGGACAGUAUCUACAAGGACGUCACAUCAGUGCACCUUGAUCACCUCCGGGUCUACUGGCAGGAGCUGCUUGACCUGCACAUGGAAAUGGGACUGAACAUUAAGGAAGCAUUAAUGUACUCCUUCCAGAGACUCGAUUCUGACAUCUCGCUGGAAAUCCAGGCCCCUUUGGAAGACGAGAUGACAAGGAACCUUUCCCUCCAGGUUGCUUUCUCUGGGGCAACAGCUUGCAUGGCCCAUGUUGAUGGGGUUCACUUGCAUGUGGCAAAUGCUGGUGACUGCCGGGCCAUCCUUGGUGUCCAGGAGGACAAUGGCAUGUGGUCUUGUCUGCCCCUUACCUGUGACCACAAUGCCUGGAACCAGGCUGAGCUGUCACGGCUGAAGAGGGAGCAUCCUGAGUCAGAAGACAGGACAAUCAUCAUGGACGACAGGCUGCUGGGCAUCCUCAUGCCCUGCAGGGCAUUCGGAGAUGUCCAGCUGAAGUGGAGUAAAGAGCUGCAGCGCAGUGUCCUGGAGAGAGGCUUUGACACCGAGGCUCUCAACAUUUACCAGUUCACCCCCCAACACUACUACACUCCACCCUACCUGACUGCUGAGCCUGAGAUCACAUACCACAGGCUGAGGCCCCAGGAUAAGUUCCUUGUGCUGGCGUCAGACGGCCUAUGGGACGUACUGGACAAUGAGGAUGUGGUGAGGCUGGUGGUGGAGCACCUAAGUGAAGCAGGUCGGCACAAGCCAGACCUGGCCCAGAGACCAGCCAACCUGGGACUCAUGCAAAGCCUGCUGCUGCAGAGGAAAGCCCAGGGGCUUCAUGUUGCCGACCAAAAUGCAGCCACCCGUCUGAUCAGACAUGCCAUAGGGAGCAAUGAGUAUGGGGAGAUGGAUCCAGAACGGCUGACCGCAAUGCUGACAUUGCCAGAGGACUUGGCGAGAAUGUACAGGGAUGAUAUCACUGUCACUGUGGUGUAUUUUAACUCAGACUCAAUUGAUGCAUAUGAUAAGAGAGGUUAAGAAUUUCUCAUCCUAUUGCCAAGGUUCAUUUAAAUGUCCUAAGAUAUUUUCACUUAUUCUUAAACUGGCCAUUCAAACCUGUUAAAAAGGUAGUCAGGUGUAGCUUGCUUAAUAAUAGACUAAUGUGAAAAGAAAAGAAAACAA